CCUAACGAGAUUUCCACCAAGCUCGCAAUUUUCCUGUGACCGUGAAGAGUUUACUCAAAGCAGCACGGCGCAUCAUCCGCCGCUCAGAAAUUUAGGACAUGGGGUCACAUGAUCCAUAUCGCCCACUUCGCAGUGCUUCUAGAGCAUAUUCCUCUCCACAGAAAUGACCAGCAAGGAAUCUGUGCCUUGCUCGUAGCGUGACAGGGGGAGUGUUCCAGUGUAGGAUGGAUUCGCAAACGAGUUUCGAUUAGAAGUGUGCUUGUGAUCCCCUCACCCCAUAAUCUCAAGGUUUGAAUGAAAAAGCAUGGCUGGUCCAAAAGGACAUCGACAAUGAGGACUGUUGGUGGGAAAGCUUGAGUAGGGUUCACGCCAUCGGCGUCUCUGGAGUUGCACUCCACACUGGCAGAAUAUAAUAUAGGGAGAAUCAUCUGGAGCUGGAUAUUGUUUGGACUGCGCACGCAAUCUGAUCUCAUUUGCGUAUCAACGCAUUAAACAGCAACAGAGCUACGUUAGACUGCCCAUUUGAAAUUUAGAUUUGGCUAGCUGACAGGGUUGCGUAUGCCAGGAUCUGGAAUAAAACCACUGUAAACUGGAUAUGGGGGGUUGCGCUGUUACGCUUGUGAAGGGAGGCAUGUGGGCGCUGCUUGAUUGAGGAGGAGGAAACGACUUAGGUCGUACUAUUUUGGGUCCCGCCUGGGCCAUUCCCUACCUCCCCCUCGUUCCUCCUGGAACACUGAAGCAAGCGCGCUACUCGAGGCAGGAGGAGCAGUGGCAGUGGCAGAAACUCUGCAAGGGGUGUCUGAGGUACAGUGCAAAAGUACCAGAUAGUGAGAAGUAUGUUUGGGUGUAGGGCAUUGAAUACAACGGGAGGAAAAAGGUUUACUGGGUACCUAAAAGCCGGCACAUCUGCAUUGUUUUUGUGAUAAGUAGCAGCCAACGAAGUCUCUCAUCGAUGGUGUGCGUGCGCCAAGCUACGUUCGACGAUUUGUUAGAUAUUCAAAAUAUCAACGCUGUUUGCCUGCCGGAGAAUUACCGAUUGAAUUUCUAUAUAAACCACAUUCUCACUUGGCCACGACUCCUCCAUGUCGCAGAAGAUAACAGAAAGAUCGUAGGCUACGUGUUGGGAAGCUUGGACGAGGAAUUGAGUUACUGCCACGGCCAGAUCGCAUCCUUGGCUGUCCUUCGAACGCACCGCAAUCGUGGGUAUGCGACCAAGCUCAUGAGGGCUGCAGAGCAAGCAAUGCGAGAUGUGUAUGGUGCUGGAAGUGUAUCUUUGCAUGUGCGCAAGAUGAACAAUGCUGCAUUUUGUCUCUACUCCAAGACGCUCGGCUACAAAGUCAAGAUUUUCGAAACGGCAUAUUACCGAGAUGGUGCAGACGCGUACGAGAUGAUUAAGCUCUUCGCAGAUGAACAGGAAGGAAUCCCUUCAUCUGUGAACUGGCACGAUACAGACGUGUACUCUGGUGGGCAACGACCACCUGCCGAAGCGUUGGUGAUCAGCUGACAGCUGACUUAUUCAGGCGUUCUCUCUUCCGAGUGACUAUGCCACAAAGAGAGAUUGAAUGCAUUGAAAUUGAAACUUGCCUUCCUACCCCUCUGUGACAUUAGAUUAAUGGUAAUCACGUAAUACCUAUCGCUUUUAAGAUUCUGUUUUUUAGCGAGCAAUGGAAAACUGCCGGCCGUCUCUUUUCUAGCUUUUCGGAGCUUCACUUGAGGGAUGAGAGUAGACAGCAAUCCGUUCUUCCGAAGGAGGCUUGUAGUGGAACUAACGGAACUCUGCUCCGGAGGCUGCGGAUCCAUUACCUCAUGUCGGCCAUCUUGCAGCAGCAACUUUUUUCUUAGAGGCAUUUACUUGAAGCUUUUUCUAAUUCAACUAAUUAUAAGGUGCAUGUACCCUACUGUAUCGAAUAUUUUUACUUUAUGCAUGAAAA